UGAAUAUAAUUGAUAAAAUGAGCACUAAAACACACCAUAGGUCUCACCUUGUUAACUAGUGAAUCAGGUAUUAAACAACCAAAGCUGUGACCAUCUGACUCUGUCCAGACUAAUCAGGCCUCAUCAGCUCCACACUGACCGUCACUAAGCUUUAGCACUAAAAUAGAUGGACUGAUGGAUACAUCCUGAACAUAACGUCAAUAUAUUUUAUAAAAUGUUCAUUUACCUUUACCUGACACAUUAACCACAGAGUGUUGCAUGAUAUUUUGUUUAAUUUCUAACAUGAGUGACACAAAUUAGCAUGCUCUUUAUUUCUUGACCCAGGACGACAAAUAAAGACAUUCAAAUGCCCGACUCAUCCCAUAAUCCUUUGCACCUCAUGUCUUAAAGCUAAAAUGGCGUUUUAACACAUGGUUCUACAUGUUAUACACCAGAUCAGCCAUCUUUUAUUCACAGACCUUGUUCCAGGAAACACGUACAACUGAUUAUCUGAUAUGACCGCCAUUUUAACACUUAACGUCCACUUCCGUUCCUACACACAAACACACCCACACAAAAUGUGAUUAGAAAUAUGCUGAUAAGUUUCCAUGGUGAUGCUCUGUGAGAUGCAUGUUCCCCUAUUGUUCUUAGAAUUGUUGCUGGGCAGCAAAAUGACCCUGAGUUUAAGUCUUACCCAGAAAGGUUUCUGUAUGAUGUAGUUUCUCUCACAACUUCCUCAAAAUAUCCACAAGUAUGCACAGUAUCUGUACAGCAAGCUGUUAUUGUUCAUUGAGCAAAUGUUAUUUAUGAGGCUGUUCUGUUCUGGUGGUGGUGACCUGCAGCCUAUAACAGGUAAGAGGGUAAAACCAGACAGGAUGGUGCUCAGCAGAUGAAGGUCAUUCAGUGGCAGAAAGUCAAAGUUACUGUUUUAAUAUUUCUCUCUCUGUGUAAAGUUCACACAUCAAAACAGGAGAAUAUUAAAGAUGAGAAUGAGCAAACUGUUUUUUGCAAACUAUUAUAUAGCAACUCUGUAUGGCAACAUGGAUUCAAAUUUAGUGUUUUUUGUUUAUUUGUAUAUUUUUUUGCAAGCCUGAACAGAAUGUUGUGCAUAAGGUUAAAAUAUCUCUGCAACGGACAGGAAAUACAAACCAGCAUCAAGUGCUGCAGCCUCAGUGGCUGCUGUGGUGUGAAGUUAGUAUGAAAGGGAAGGAAACACAGAGAGGGGAUACUAAGAAGUAGAAGCAUGAAACUUAUUGAUGUCAUAUAUAUUUUAGACUUAACUUCUCCUUUUAUACGAACACAAUUCAAACCAAGCAGAAGCCUUUCAGUUGAGCUGUUCAGCCGUUCUGGAUGCCAGGAUGAAACCUGCUCUGCUCUGCAUGCUGGGCUUUUUCUUGCUCAGUUCUUUGCUUCAUGGACGUGCUGAUGCUGAUAAUCCCAGAGCCACCCUGACACCAGAGAAAACAAUCAUACCAGCAGGGGGCAGUGUUACACUGACCUGCUCUGUUGAAGGAUCUACUGGCUGGAAGUUUGACUGGAUCAGAAAUGGACAAUGGAUGGAUGGAUCCUCCAGAAACACAGAACCAGAUGGAACCAUCAGAGUCUCAGAGGGAGGAAAUUACAGCUGCAGAGGAAGAAGAGGAGACUCAUCUUUUCUAUCAGAAUCCAGUGAAGAGGUCACCAUUCAGGAAACUGAAAUUAAGGCAACUUUGAAAGCAGACAAAUCUACCAUACCACCAGGGGGCAGUGUGACAUUAACCUGUUCUGUGGACAAACCUGCUGAUUUAACAUUUGAGCUCUUCAGAGGAUCUUCAUCCACCUAUCAGACCAGAGUUUCUCCUCGAUCAGAUGUAGUUUUCAGGAUCACAGAAGGAGGAAUUUACACCUGCAUAGGAUUUAAACUUGGGACAAACUUUGUGACAUCUAUGAGUGAUGAAGUCACCAUUUAUAAGAGAGUUUCCAACAGAGUUUCAGUCACUUCACAACCAAACCGAUCUCUGAUAUACAGAGGAGAGAAAGUCACUCUGAGAUGUGAGAUCCAGGAUGAUGGAGAAACUCGGUGGACGUAUGAAUGGAAAACAACCAAUAGAAACUUUCCGUCAUACAGUGAAUAUAUGAUGAUCACAGCUACUGAGGCUGACAGUGGAGAAUACAGCUGUAAGGGUAGAAGAGGCUACGAGUUUGCAGGAUGGAGUGAAGCCAUCAGACUGACAGUGUCAUCUGAUCAACCCAGAGCCACCCUGAAUGCAGAGAAAAGAAUCAUACCAGCAGGGGGCAGUGUUACACUGACCUGCUCUGUUGAAGGAUCUACUGGCUGGGAGUUCAGGUACACAUAUACACAUUAUUCUGUAGUUAUAUCCUUCAAAUACACAGAACCAGAUGGAACCAUCAGAGUCUCAGAGGGAGGAAAUUACAGCUGCAGAGGAAGAAGAGGAGACUCAUCUUUUGAAUCAGAAACCAGUGAAGAGGUCACCAUUCAGAAAACUGAUGAUUAUCGUUAUGGUGUUAUCCUGGUGAGCCCUGUUCAUCCUGUGACUGAAGGAGAUCCUGUUACUCUGAGCUGCAGAGAUAAAAAACAAAAUCUUCUCUCCAAUGUGUUUUUCUAUCAUAAUAAUAAACUCAUCAAUAAUGACGGCAGAGAGGAGCUGAAUAUCUCUGCAGUGUCAAAGUCAGAUGAAGGUUUCUACAAAUGUCAACAUUCAGGAAAAGAGUCACCAAGGAGCUGGAUGUCUGUUAGAGUAACUGUAUCCAGUCCUGUCAGUUCAUUUCCUGUCAUGUUGAUCGUUGGACCAGUUGUUGGAAUCGUUCUCAUUAUUCUCAUUAUUGUCCUUCUCUUGUUGUGGCGCUGCAGACGGUCCAAAGAUUUAAGCAGUAACAGAUUGAAUCAACCAGAGAGCAUCAAUCCAGCCUCAGCUCCAAAUCAUGAAGUGACCCAGAAUGACGGUUCUGUUUACAGUUCUCUGCUUCAUGGUGACACUUCCCUUUAUGAGACAAUCCAACUCAGCAGAGCCUCAGGAAACGCAGAGAAGAUUCAUCAUCCAGCAGAAGAUACUGACUAUGCUAAUUGCUAACCCAGGAAAGAGGAAUGUGAUGGUUGGUUCUCCAUCAGGGCUGGUCCAAGGCAAAGGCAACGCAAACUGAUUGUCUGCUUAGGGCCCGGGGCUGCUAGGGGGCCCUCAAGUGGAAGUGAUUCAUUUUUUUUUUUUUGUUAUUAAUGAUUUCUAUGUGAUUACAUUAACAAAAACACACAAUUUCCUUAUAAAGUUGUGAUUUUUUUUAUACAAUAACAUAUUUGAUAACAACAACAACAACCAUAAUAAUAAUAAUAAUAAUCUACAGUCAAAAAAAUAAAAAUGGCCACAGUGGGUCACGCUUCACCGGUAAUAUGAGCUGCCUGUAAUGUGCAGUGAACCAGUGGAAGAUAAGUUAGCAAAACAAUGGCGCAGAAAGGACUUAGCUUUCAGGGACAAAGGAAAGAAAGAGGAAGAAUAGAAAAAAGUCGAGAUAAAGGUAUGUUUUUAUGUGUCUUGGUAAUGUAAUGUUUAUCAAAAAUAUUUGUGGAGCUACUAAUGGAAAAUUCAACAGCUAAACAUUUAUGCUAGCAUCUUUGUAUUUUUGUGAAACUGAGCAUCAACUUUAAAUGAGUUUAUUGUUGUUGUUGGUCUUAUAUAUUUAUGAGUUGUUGGCCUUUUUCUUUGCUUAUAAACAUUUCGUUCAUUGUCGUUUAACAUUUGAUAACAAUAAUUAAAACUUCCCAAAGUUUGACUUUGUCUAGCAAAAUGCUUUUACAUCAGACUACAUGGCUACUGCAUUGCUCUAUCAAUGAGCUAAUCUUAGCUGUAGUUGGUGAUAUAUUGUUUGCUGCUGCACAUGAUAUUUUAUGUGGCUAAAACAAACAUUAUUUUUACAUCAACUUCUUAAGUAUGAGAAUCUUCUCCAGGAGCUGUUAAAAUCAUUUGAAGGCACAGAAUCAGCCCAGUACUGAUCCACAUUCACAGGCGAGAAAAACUCACCUAGUAUAAAUUUAAUAUCUAGCUAUUGGAAUUAUUAGUAUUUCAAUAAUAUCUAUGUAUGUAUUCCCUCUUAAAUCCUAUGCAUAGUACAUUUAGUUAGUUUUACUACCACUAGCAUAUAGGAUACAAUUUAAAAUGCGCAGCCAGAGAUUAAUAAAUUUAUAGCAGGUGUGCGAAUGAUCUAAUCAUCUGACUAUUGAUUGGAUCAAUCCACAUUAGCAGAAACAAAGCAGGGCUCCAAAACCAAAUUUUGCUUCCAGCCCCAUGGUGGCUUGGGUCAGCCCUGUUCUUCAGCAUACUGCAUCAGAUAAAAGCUGUUAUCUUGUGUAAUCCCAUAUCUUUGUAUGCUUUUAUUACAAUCCUGUGAAUAAAAAUAUUUUCCAAAUAUCA